AUGCCGGCGGGCGUUUCCUGGGGCGCGUAUCUCCGCUUGGUAGCGGCGUCCCUCGUUAGCAUGUUUGCGGGAGCGCAACUUGUGCACGCCUAUUACAAACCUCUGACGGACCUCGAUCGCUAUGUGGAAGAAGAAAGAGCUCGGCGUAACGCGAGCGAAUCGCAAAACAAGGACGUUUAGAGCGCCUAGUGUUGUUUAAUAGACGAUUUUUUAUUAG